ACAAUUCCAAAUUCCAAUAGAAUCAGAAGAGCAAAAAGACGAGCAUACCCUUACUGGUACAUUGUAGAACCUUCCAGAGCGAAGAUCCAAACAUUCCGCCCGUUCAGUAUUUAAGCGCGCACAGCGGUUCCAUUGCCAGCCUCAGGGCUUCGCAGCCUACAAUCGGAGGAGGAGAAUACGACGGAGCGGCGGCGGCGGCGGAGAGAACAUGAUCGAGGUAGUGCUGAACGACAGGCUCGGAAAGAAGGUCCGGGUGAAAUGCAGCGAGGACGACACCAUCGGCGACCUCAAGAAGCUGGUGGCGGCCCAGACCGGGACCCGACCCGAUAAGAUCCGAAUCCAGAAAUGGUACAACAUUUACAAGGAUCACAUCACUCUCAAGGAUUACGAGAUCCACGACGGCAUGGGCCUCGAGCUCUACUAUAACUGAAUCGCAAUGGUACGUCGUCGUUUGGCGUUCUGCAGGUUCGGGGAAAAGUGCGUUACGUGUAUGUUGUGUCGUUCCAUUCCAAGUUGCGUAAUUGUGUUUCGUGGACAACUAAUUGAGAAAUAAAUGGUUUCGUUUAAGAAGAUUUAAUGAUAUUAGCAUGUACACUAUUUCAAUCAACCAAACAAGUUAUCAUGUAUUUUGGUUUGGGAA